AUGCUAUUGAGAGGGAGGUGCGGCCCGCCGCGGUGCGUUCGCAGUCGCGAGGUCGUCGCCGGGCCAGAACAUCCAGUGGUGUCGUGCAAGUGCCUGUUUUCGGUGACAACGACAAUGAAGCUGACAUUACUCGCAGCGAUAGUCGUGCUUGUAUCUACAUCUGACGGAGCAGUAGAUGUAGAAAGAACAGUACAGCAAGUUCAAAGUAUAUUGAAAACGAAUUCUCUGCUGCCAAGACUAACACGUGAUGAGAUAUUACAACUUCUACAUGAUAUAAGGGCAGAGGACGCAAUUAACAAUUUUUCGACAAAACUUCAAAAUAAAGAUACCAAAAAUGAAAAAUUCUUUGACAAUCCAGAAAAUAAAUCGAAAUUAAUUACUGCCGAAUCAGAAACUACAGAAAAUAUAACUCAGAACAUCAUUACUUCGACUCCAAAAUCAACGGAAGCCUUUGAAAGCACGACAAAAAGCGGAUCUAAACUAGCUGUUGUAUUGCCGUAUACACCAAGAGAUGGAUCAUCUUUACAGGAACUGUAUACCAGACCACCGCGUGUUGAAAUAGUUCCAGAAAUAAAAGUAACAAAGAAACCAGUUAAUACCCUGAAGUCAAACGCUAAUAGUAACAAUAGGUUACGUGACUUUAACAAAGAAGAUUUUCCAGCAGAGCUUCAAGCAUUUUUGGAUGCACACGGAUUAAAAGGGGCACCGGGUCAGGAUAACUUCUUGCUGCCGCUUGACGGGUUCAAACCAUUGCCUCCAGCCAAAGUUAUUGACGGCUCCGUCGAAUUGCCGGAGAGCAUAUUACUUGCUUAUGAUCUAAUAUCGCCAUCAGAUAGCAAACCGUCGUCAACGAAGAAUAAAGUUGCCACUGAAAACAGUUUCUUGUACGAGCCAUUACCACCCGAAUAUCCCUUUGAACUAGACACAUCCUCAUCGGAAACCAAGAACUCUGUUCUUCCGUAUGAUUUGCCUAAACCGAGAAAGACAAAGUCGGUUACGCCAACACCUAAUUAUGAGCCCGUAGAUUACGAUUCUGUUAAAGUUAUACCAUUGAAUAAAGGCCCAAGUCCUAUAGAUGAUGAGAAGGUAAUUUUCGCUGAACGCUUGAACGCUGAACUAAACAAAAGGCAAACUAACGAUACAAAUGAUAGUCAUGCAAGCAAUAUAACUAGCACUACAGAGGAAUCUACCACUGUUGCGAGUGAAGUUAAGGACACAGCUGCUGCGGACAAUGAUCCCGGAGCAUCCAUCGCUGAUCUUGAAGAUUCAUUUGGUGGAGCAGCCCCGGUAGAACCUGGAGACUCCGUACUGCCCCCGCCCCGAAAGAACGGCUUUUACUGGAUGCUCGACUGGAACAGUUUCCUUGAAGUCGGUGAUGGCGACACUAAGGUUAACAUACGUUUCGAACCCAAAUUGGGAGAUCCACAAAUGUUUCUCCCUGUUAACGUUCCG